AUGGAUGUUUUGAAAGUCACGUCGACAUAUCUUUUUAUUUUAGGCCUCGGUGUUCCCAAGCAUUUCAAGAAUAAGGCUCUCAUGCUAUUCACAUCUACUCUUAUGGCUGUGGCUUUCUUUUAUAUAGGAUUCGGUUACGAGAUUCUCAACUUCAUUGUUAAUGGAAACAUUAGGAUACUCAGUGUAGGAUUUGUCUGUUUUAAUCUAACUGCAUUCUUUGCAGGGGUUUGGAUUUCCUGUAUGGUUCACGAAGUUGUAAUGAGCUUCCGCUCUCUGUGA